GAGGAGGCGUGCCGAGCACGGGCCGCGCGGCGGACGACGCGGGUCCGGCGGGGCUGCUCGAGAUGUACGCCCUCGCUCUGCAGCUCGCGGAGAAGAUGGGCGACAAGAGAGACGCGGUGAGGCUGAGGGGGCUGCUCGCGGAGGCGGAGGAGGCGUAUCCCGUGGCCGCGGUGCAGUGGCGCCUGGAGUCGCAGGCGCUCGCCGCACUGCAGACGGCCCUCGCGGCUGGCGAGAGCCAUGGCGAGCGGCUCCGCGCCGUCGACGCCUUGCGCUCGCUGGCCAUGCCGCCGCUGCCUGCGGCGGUUGCGGAGGAGGCGCUGCUGCAGACGCUGCGCGAGGUGUCUGGCGAGGGAGCACGCGAGCUUCGCGCCGCCGCCGAGCAGGCCCUGCUGGCGUGCUGGAGCUCCUCCGGCGACGACCGCGCGGAUGUGGACUUCGACGCGGGCAGGGCGCUGCUGGAGCAGGGCCUCUACGAGGACGCCGUCCUCGCGUUCACCGGAGCGGUGAGCGCGUCGCCGGGCUUCGCGGAGGCGCUGAGAUGCCGCGGCGCGGCCCGCCUUGCGCUGGCCAGCCGCGGCAGCGACGACGAGUUCGAGAAGGCGCUCGAGGACUUCGAGGCGGCCCUCGCGCUGAAUGCCAACAAUUUUUCUGCCCUGGCAGGCUGCGGCACCGUCCACAUCGAGACUGGCGGCAACAGCGAGGCCGCAUUCUGGUUCCGCAGAGCGCUCCAGGUGCACCCGUUCCUGCGCCGCCCGCGCGAGGAGCUCGACCGCCUCGGCAGGAAGCACGACGUCGCCCGGUUGGUCAAGCCGCGGAUCGAGGAGGCGAUGGAUUUGUUGAAGCACGAGGAGUCCCCCGUUUUCCGCGAGGGGGAGGGCGCUGGCCUCUGGGUCGCCUGGGACGUCCACCGCGUGGAGCCCGGCCUGGGCCGCGACGAGGCAGAGGUCACGGACGAGCAAGAGCUCACCUACUUCUUCCGCGCGGCUGUGCGCAACCCCGCCUCGUGCUCGGGCCCCGUGCGGAGCCUGGACUGCUUCUACGCCAUCCAGUUUGUCGGCGGCCAGGUCUUCCACCUGCCCAGCCCGACCACGGACCGCGCGGAGUACCUGCUCGAGCCCCGGGACGAGUACAGGUAUUGCUGGACCUUCACGGUCCGGGAGCCCAUCGUCGGGAUGCUCGGCGGCAUGAUCUUCGAGCGCAUGGACAGGGCGGGUGGGUCGGACGACGAGCGGUUCGCGUGCCCGUGCCUGGAGCUGCUGGUCCCCGCCGAGGCGUCCGUCGUGCCCCCGCACGCGCUGGAGGCGCUCGGCAGGGGUCACGUCUUCAUGGGCCAGGUGGAUCUCACCCAGGUCACGGAGACAUAGCCAGCGUGCAGAAAAGAGCGGCCCGCCUCGACCUCAUAGGUGAUU